AUGUCGCAAGAAAAGAAACCUUUGCCAUUCGCAUACCAGUUCGCCGCGGGUGCGGUUGCUGGUGUGUCUGAGAUUCUUGUAAUGUAUCCUUUAGAUGUUGUCAAAACAAGAGUACAACUGCAGCAGGGCAGUGGGACCGGGGCUGAAGCUUACAAUGGAAUGGUUGACUGUUUCCGGAAGAUUGUGAAAAAUGAAGGUUUUUCGCGUCUCUACCGCGGAAUCACAGCGCCAAUUCUCAUGGAAGCUCCAAAACGUGCCACCAAAUUCGCUGCUAAUGAUAGCUGGGGUGCUUUUUAUCGGUCACUGUUUGGAAUCGAAAAGACCAACCAACCUUUGGCAAUCCUUACUGGCGCAACCGCCGGUGCCACUGAGUCCUUCGUCGUUGUCCCCUUUGAGCUUGUCAAGAUCCGUCUGCAGGACCGCAACUCGGCCGGAAAAUACAAUGGCAUGAUUGAUGUGGUUCAAAAGAUUGUCAAGCAGGAAGGAUUACUUGCACUUUACAACGGUCUCGAGUCGACUCUGUGGCGUCACAUUCUCUGGAAUGCUGGUUACUUCGGGUCAAUCUUCCAAAUUCGCGCCCAACUCCCCAAAGCUGAGCCUGGAAACAAGAGUCAACAAAUGCGCAAUGAUAUUAUUGCGGGUACAGUUGGCGGAACUCUUGGUACAGUCGUAAACACCCCCAUGGAUGUGGUCAAAUCGCGUAUUCAGAACAGCCCCAAGAUUGCGGGACAGACUCCAAAGUACAACUGGGCAUGGCCAGCUUUGGGCACAGUUAUGAAGGAAGAAGGCUUUGGUGCCCUGUAUAAGGGUUUUACCCCCAAAGUGUUGAGAUUGGGCCCUGGUGGUGGUAUUUUGCUGGUCGUUUUCACCAGUGUCACCGAUUUCUUCCGUAAGAUGAGGGGGGAAUAA